AUGUCUUCUCACCGGCGUAUCGUUCUGCUUGAAGAAGUGUGUGAUGUCGCCAAGAGACCCAGGACAACAGGAGUUUGUGACACUCCUAGGGUGGUCGAGCAAUGGAUUCGAAGUGGUACGUCCACUCGAGUGAGUCCCAGCGCAGCUAUCUUGCCAUCGAUCUGUAGUCCAAGAAGAAGUGGAAAGUUGGGAGUACAGAGUUUGCCAGAGGAGUUAACCCAGGAGAAAACCCUCAUCCUAAGUGAGGUUCGGACCGUAGACAGUGAUGUGGUGAUCGGGACGUUUUUGGUGCAAGCUGUUCCAGAAAUUGUUUUGUUUGAUUCUGGGGCGUCCAACUCGUUCGUAUCCCCGGAGCUUGUAAGGAAGUUAGGCCUAACCGAAGGUGUUGGAGUGAAUUUAAACGUCAAGGUGGCAUUGGGAGAAGUUAAGGCUUGUGAUUGCCUCUUCAAAGACGUCAAGAUAAGCAUCGAUGGGGAAGAGUUCUCUAGUGAUUUGAUACAGUUUGGUCUGGACGGGGUCGAUGUGGUCCUGGGUAUGGACUGGCUAGGACGGUUCAGAGCCCAGAUCUUGUGUGGUGAACAGAAGGUGGUCUUGAGAGGGCCAAAUGGGAAGAGGGUGUCGUACCGAGGGUCAACAGGAGAACCAGGGAUCAAGUUAGUGUCCAUGUUGAAGAUGAAAAAGUACGUGGAGAAGGGCCAUGAAAUCUUCUUAUGUUCAGUUGAAAACCUGGAGGCCAAAAGAGAUAUAGCUCAGACCAUACCUGUUGUAUGUGAAUUCCUCGAUGUCUUUCCAGAAGAAAUCCCGGGAAUGCCUCCUCCAAGAGAAGUUGAAUUCUCAGUGGACCUCGUACCUGGUACAGGGCCCAUAUCCAAGGCCCGUUAUCGUUUAGCACCCAAGGAGAUGCAGGAGUUGAAGACUCAGUUGCAAGAGCGUCUGGAUAAAGGUUACAUCCGGCCAAGUACAUCACCGUGGGGUGCGCCUGUGUUGUUUGUAAAGAAGAAAGAUGGAAGUAUGAGGUUGUGUAUCGAUUACCGCGAGCUGAAUCAAGUUACAAUAAAAAACAAGUAUCCCCUGCCGCGGAUAGACGAUUUGUUUGAUCAACUCCGAGGUGACGGGCUGUUCUCCAAGAAUGAUUUGAGAUCAGGUUACCACCAGCUGAAAGUGGCAGAUCAAGAUAUACCUAAGACGGCGUUCUGA